UUUCGCAUUUCUAUUUCAUAGGGCAAAUGGCGCUCUCGGCGCAUUCUCUCCAUGGCGCGGCGCUCGGCGCUCCAUCCAGAAUGCUCGAAGUUCGAUCGAGAAUCCAUGCUCUUCCGAGCUCGAUAUAUUUCAAAAGAACAAAGCUUUCGAGGCUUGCGACGUGCAAUGCUGCCGAUAUGUCUGCGGGAUUAGGAUCGGGCGCCGAGGAGAAUCCUUACGAGGUUCUUGGCGUAAAUCCGCUCGAGAGUUUUGAUAAGAUCAAAGUGCUUUACUCGAGGAAGCACAAGGACGCUGAAAAAAGUGGCAAUGAGGCUGCCGCUGCUCGAUUGGAGAGAGCGUAUGAUAAGAUUAUGAUGUCUCAACUCUCCAAGAGAAAGAAGGGAUUGACGUUUGGAGCCGUCGAGGUCUCGAAGAACAUCAAAUAUGCAGACAAGCAACCGCUACUUCCAUGGGGUCCAAAAAAAGCUCGCUCCAUCAAGAGAGAUAUCAUGAUCAACGUUGGCAUUUCAGUAGCAAUGUCUGUUUGGGUUGUGAUAUCAGAGGGUAUGGCUGACUGGAAACCUUUGCAAGUGCUUAUCUUUGGCUACGUCUUUCAGUUGUUCAAUAAGCUCAAGCAGUACGAACCUCCUGAUGUCACAGUCUAUGAUGAAGAGGAUCACAACAAAAACGUUGCAAAGAGUGGAAAGAGACUCCUUCGCACGUUUGGACUUGUUUUCGGGUGCGUCACUGUUGCCUCAUUGGUGUUUACUGGUAUUCUGAAUGGCAUCGAGAUUAUAGGAGCUUCCAUUCCUCGCGCCCUGUACAAUAGCCAGGAAACAUUCGUGACCAUCGUCUCGGCUGUCCUUAUGUUCUUCGUGGGAUCAUUCUACAGGUAGCAUCUAGACAAAGACAUGUUUGAUUCUGCCGGUUUGAGUGAUCGAUGAUCGAUGGUGGUGUUACUGCCAAAAUCAUUUUUGUGGAAUGCCCAGCAAGGAAGAAAGUGUGCUCGCUUUGCCGAGAGUGCUUUGGUGAACUGGAGAUUCCAAUAGUGGGAUAGAAAUCGAAGCUUUGGUGUUUGGAGGAGCACCAAACAAUGCGAUAUUCGUUCGCCUUUGGGCUGACAUAAAGUGAGACGAUCAUUGUGAAGCCCCA